AGGUCAGCUGCCACAUUCACCAAUGCCUUUUUCUUUUUUAACAAAAAAUAAUAAUAUUAUAGAGUGUAAAUUUUGAUUUGAAGUUGCAAAAUUUGAGUGUGUGUGUAUAUAUAUAUGAAAUGAAAGUGGAUAUUGACGAUCUUGUUAGUUUGGGAUUGAAGGGUAGAUUCUAUUUUUUUUUUUUUUGUAAAAUACAUAUUAGGAAGGGAAAUGCUGUAUUUGUAAUAGAGCCAAUUAAUCAUAUGGUGGUUUAGAAAAGAAAUAAAUCAUUUAUGGGCUAGUGAAUUGGGUGUUUGUCACAUUUUAUGAUUAGUUACUUUUUAUUUUUUUUUUUAAUCAUUGGGCCAUUUUGGGAAUUUUACACUGGGUAUGUUGUUGUUGUGUUCAUUUUUGGGUCAGUGAUGAAUUGGGUGUUUGUUAAUUUUUUUUCUGAAUAUUUUUAGUGUUUCAUCUUAUGGUGAUUUUGAAAAAAAAUAAUAAUUGUUCAUUUUUGGGUCAUGUGAAUUGGGUGUGUCAUGUGUGACGAGAGAAAUCAUGCUGAGAUGGUUCGGGCAUGUGAUGAGGAGAAGAGGGCUAGUGAGGAGGUGUGAGAAGUUUGAUAUAGUGGGCUAUGUUGCUUGGACUCUAUAAAAAGGCUGCUGCACCUGUGUCGGAUUCGCCAAAUAUCCACUAUUUUUGGUGUAUUCGACACACAUCCCUCGACAUUUUUGAAGAGUCCAAGCAACAUAGAUAGUGAGUAGGAGGAAAGGUAGAGGUAGGUCGACGAAGUAUUGGGGGAGGUGAUUAGACAGGAGGACAUGGGACAACUUCAGCUUACUGAGUACUUGACCCCAAAUAGGAGGGUGGAGGUCGCUGAUUUGGGUAGAGGGCUAGUGCGUUAUGAAGUGUUGGCUAUCAUAGUAACAACCUUAUUCUUGUAGUGUACUGCUUUUGGGGGAGGUGAUUAGACUGGACAUGGGACAACUUCAACUUACUGAGGACAUGACCCCAAAUAGGAGGGGUGGAGGCACAGGCGGAGCCAACCUUUGACGGAAAAAUAUACCAUUUCUACAUGUUUAAAAUUAGUUUUUAUGUAUCUAUAGUAGGUGUUGAACCCCCUUCGGCUAAGUUUUCUUCAAAUAUUGAACCCCCUUAGUUGCAAUCCUGGCUUCGCUCCGUGGAGGUCGCUGAUUUGGUUAGAGGGCUAGUGGGUAGUGAAGUGUUGUUGUCAAUUGUCAUAGUAAUAGCCUUAUUCUUGUAUUAUAUUGCUUUUGAUUUCCUGGUUUAUAGUUAUCGCACUAUGAUGUUGUUGUUGUUACUGUUUCCUUUGACUAGUUGCUAUGUUUUCUUCACUGUGGCUUUGUUAUCGCUUUCACACCUAUUUUGAUGAGCUGUACUCGAAUCGAGGUUCAUUCGGAAACAAUCUGAGGGUACGAGGAAAGGUAGAGGUAGGUCGACAAAGUAUUGGGGGAGGUGAUUAGACAGGAGGAUAUGGGACAACUUCAACUUACUGAGGACAUGACCCCAAAUAGGAGGGGUGGAGGUUGCUGAUUUGGUUAGAGGGCUAGUGGGUAUUAAAGUGUUGUUUUGUCAUAGUAACAACCUUAUUCUUGUAGUGUAUUGCUUUUGAUUUCCUGGUUUAUAGUUCUAGCACUAUGUUGUUGUUGUUACUGUUUCCUUUGACUAGCUGCUAUGUUUUCUUCAUUGUGGCUUUGUUAUCGCUUUCACACCUAUUUUGAUUGGCCGUACUCGAGCCGAGGGUCUUCGGGAAACAGUCUAAGUGUACGAGGAAAGGUAGAGGUAGGUCGACGAAGUAUUGGGGGAGGUGAUUAGACAAGACACGGGGCAACUUCAUCUUACUGAGGACAUGACCCCAAAUAGGAGGGGCAGAGGUCGUUGAUUUAGGUAGAUGGCUAGUGGGUAGUGAAGUGUUGUCUUGUCAUAGUAACAACCUUAUUCUUGUAGCGUAUAGCUUUUGAUUUCCUGGUUUAUAGUUUUCGCACAAUGUUGUUGUUGUUACUGUUUCCUUUGACUAGCUGCUAAUGUUUUCUUCACUGUGGCUUUGUUAUCGCUUUCACAUCUAUUUUGAUGAGCUGUACUCAAGCCGAGGGUCUUUCGAAAACAGUCUGAGGGUACGAGAAAAGGUAGAGAUAGGUCGAUGAAGUAUUGGGGGAGGUGAUUAGACAAGCGGGCAUGGGACAACUUCAACUUAUUGAGGACACGACCCCAAAUAGGAGGGGUGGAGGUCGCUGAUUUGGGUAGAGGACUAGUGGGUAGUGAAGUGUUGUCUUGUCAUAGUGACAACCUUAUUCUUGUAGAGUUAUAGUCUAUUGCUUUUGAUUUCCUGGUUUAUAGUUAUCACACUAUGUUGUUGUUGUUACUGUUUCCUUUGACAAGCUGCUAUGUUUUCUUCACUGUGGCUUUGUUAUCGCUUUCACACAUAUUUUGAUGAGCUGUACUCGAGCCGAGGGUCUUCUGGAAACAGUCUCUCUACCUCCAUGAGGUAGAAGUAAGGUUUAACUAUGGCGGAUGAGAAUGCUGCCAAUGGGGAUGUUUUUGAUGAUGCAGUGGAGAUCGAAGGAGAGGAAGAUUCCGAUGCUGCAUUGAGAACCGCUCCACUGACUCAAAAGAUAGCUGCUUUAGAGCAAGAGAAUAAUCAACUUUUUGGUGAGAACCAAGUCAUCAAAGAGAAGAUGGAGAAAUCUAAGCACUCGAUUGAGGAAAUCCAGAAUGAAAAGGCCGAGUUGCAGAAGAAGAUGAAGAAGUUUGAGUCAGAGAUUAAGUCUUUAGGAUCGGUAGCUGCCCGAGCAGCAGAACUUGAGGGUGAACAAUCUCGUCUACAGCAUGAUCUCAUAACUACAAUGAAUGAUCUAGAAGAAUCUAAUUCUGAGCUAUCGAAACUGAAGUUAGCUCUUGAGGGGUUAAAGAGUAGUGAGAAUGAAAAGAGCGUGAAAUUGAGUGCUAUCGAGAGUGAAAGGAACUUGUUAUUGGUGAAAGUCAAUAAACUGGAAGCUAGUGAAAAAGAUCAGAGAGCUGAAGUAGAAGGAAAGGAAAAAGAAAUUAGAGGUCUAAAGAAAAAGAUCGAGGAUUUACAAGCUACCGUGAUGAACAACGAGGCGUGGAAAAAGGAGAAGGAGGCGCUUCGCAUGGUGAAAGAUGAGUUGGAGAAGAGGUUAAUGGAGAUGACAGGUAGAGUGACCGAGUUGGAGGAGAAGGAAACAUUAAUUACUGAAAGAGACGUUGACAGCAAUGUCAAUGGUUUUCCAGCGGAGGAUGAGGUUAAAUCUCUCGGUGGCAAAGUAGACUUACUAGUGGUGGCUGCAUCUUCAGUUGCUGUGGCAGGCAUUUUGUGCUAUCUUCGAUAUGCAAGAAAACCAUAAACACAGAGCUUGUCUCGAAGAAGUUGAGGUUUUUUUCACCUGACCAAGUAUGGCCGUUACAAUUUUUUGAUAGCGCCUUGGUUAUGUUGAGCUUUCUCACUUAGCUUUUCUUUUAAUCUCACAUGAUACUAGAUUGGAUGUGUUAUCUUAAUUGGCCAGUGAUCACGAUCUACGUUUUGUUUGCUAAAUUGAUCAUUUAAACAAGUUUGUUGGUGCAAACAUACAAAGAAAGCUUUGUGUUGCUCCGAAGUACUUAUUUCAUAAAUAGUACUGGAUUGUCUUGAA